CUCCUGCCUCCUGCUUACAGGAAAUGUUGAGUUCCUCAGCCUGAUGGGUGCAUGUCUGUCUCUGUUGUCUUCAUCAGAUUAACCCCAACAUAUCGCUGGUCCAGAGAGUGGAUGCUGCCUUCACGUCCUGCUGGUCUCCAUCCUCCCAUUUCAGCUGAGCCUCAACUCCGAAUGUGUGUGUUGCAAGUUGAUGGUGUGUGCACCUGACUGUGCCUAUUGGGUGUGUAAAUCCAUUCUAGGCCUAUGUGAGUGUGUUGCUUUAGGAAGUGUGUGUGUAUAUAUGUGUGUGUGUGUGUGUGUGUCUGUCAAUACCCCCCAGCCCACCAUGUCCCUGUGUCCCUCAACGCUCCAGCUGACUCCAUUGGUGUGUCUUGGCCUCCUCUGUCUGCUGUUUCUCCUCACUGACUCCACAGUAUCUAAGAAGGGCUCAUCCCAGCUCCUGAACACAAGACAAGCUAACUGCUCCGCUGCAUUCAUUCCUGGAGGUCUUUGUUCCCCGGGGGAUAAUGAUAAUGUCAGUGUAAAUGCAACCGAUCUACAACUGAAAGGGCACUUAAAAGGCGAACAGGCGGACCAGUUUCCCAUUCCCAACUCACUUUUGUCCAUCAGCCAAGUGUUAAAUAACUCUGUAGCGCUCAUCCAGCCUUCUACCACGCCGGCGGCUCACACCGAACCAACCAGCAGCGCUGGUGCUGCCACGACCGCAGCUACACAACCUGUUGGGAAUGUAGUCCCAACCGCUUCGCUGGGGACUUCUGCAAACACGACAGCACCACCGUCUGCUGCUACAACCGCUACGUCUACCACAGCUACGUCUACCACAGCUACGUCUACCACACUGACGACUACAAAAACAACAGCAAUAACUACACCACCGUCUGCUGCUACAUCCGCUACGUCUACCACAGCUACGUUUACAACAACGGCAACAUCUACAGCAGCAGCCACAGCUCCACACCCUGCAACAUCUGUUAAAGCAAGAACCAGACUUACAACGGCUAACCCAACCGUUGCUAUGACUGCAACCACCGGUACAAAGAUGUCCCCUCCUCCACCACCAUCAGCCGCUACGCCACAUCACGCCCCGAGUACUGGGAAGCCACCAAUUGAGACCUCUCCACCCACAGGACCUACUACCAUAACCACUACCAGUCCCAGCACACCGACUGGUCGCAGCGUGCCUGUCGCCGCGGGGCCGAGGGUUCCCGUGGUAGACGUGGCGGGGGCCCCUCUGACCAAGCAGCUGGUGGACACGGCGUCCUUGCUGUCCGUCCUGCUCUUCGGCCUGCUCUUCUUCCUGGUCACAGUGGCCGUGUUUGUCACGCAGGCCUACGACAGCUACCGGAGGAAGGACUACACCCAGGUGGACUACCUGAUCAACGGCAUGUACUCCGACUCUGGUGUAUGA